AUGGCUCAGAACCUGAGCAGCACAGGAGAUCGGUCGAAGGACCUUGCUAGUCACCUGGAUGAACUUCCAGGAACCACUUCAAAAAAAGAUGAAGCAAAACAAGCAUCUGAACAAAACCAGUCAAAGCAGAUGAAGGAACCCAAAGCAAUUACCAAGGCUCAACCAGAACUGCCAUUCCCUGUGGCUGGUAGUGCCACAAUGCGGAGGCAAAAUACCAGUGGCCUGGAAACAGAAGAUUUGAAAGGGAAAAUCUUGCUUGCCCACCUAGCUACUAGUGAGAGAGAUGAAGUUACAGUAGAGAGCUGGACUAUUCCCACAACAGUAUUGCCCAUGGAAAUCUCCUCCAGCCCACAGUCAGCAGUGGAUGUGUGUCCCCAUGAUGUACUAUACGUUUCCGACCUCAUCACAUUUUCCUCUCGCUUCUGUGGACCAAAUUCACCUUUAAACAAGACCAUGGUCUUUGGUUCAUCUCUGGAAAUGGUUGAGGUUAUCAUGGAACUGAUCACCACCACAGACCGGGGCCGAGGCUUUGCAAUGCUCUUCGAGUACAAGAACAUCACUGAACCCAACACUGUAGAUGCUGUGAAGCAGGAGAGAAAAGAAAACAUGAUGAUGCUGGCAAUUAUAACAGGGAUCGUCGUCUUUGCACUUGCUUUACUCUCCGCCCUCUGCAUAGCUUGCAGGCAGAGAACGUGCCCCAAAAGGAGCUCAUCCAACGCAUGCAGUGACCAGGAGAAUGGGAUCCAGAACUCCGCCGUCGAUAUCAAUGAGCUCCAGCUGGUGGUGCCAAGUCGGGAGAAUGAGAACAACAACCACUCUGUCAGCCGGGAGCAGGCGGUCACUUCCUGCGGAGGCAGCACAGAACGGUCUCCUCAGGACACUGACCCAGAUGUGCCCUCCUCCACGUCUGCAGUGACCACUGAGACUGGGAGCGAUGAAGUGUUUAUCAUUUCUGCUGGACCUGGGGCUAGUGGGCUGAGCUUUACCACCUACAGAAUACAGGACAAAAACCUAAAAAGAAGUGUCACAAGCCCAGCCUCUGUGUCUGACUGGCUGACUUCUAAUCCCACGGCUGCAGGAGCGGACGCUGUUGAGAAGGGGAACGUCCAGCUGGAAAAUCACUGUCCCAGACAACGCACGUGGAGCGCCCGCACUUUCCACGACUUCCUGGCUCCGAUACCACAGCUACAGAAAAAAUGGUGCAGCUGGACCACCAACAGUCCCUUCACGAAGCUGGUUGACAACAGUGGUUUUCCUGCAGCUGCAAGAUCCCAAGGUGUCCCCACCAGAAAGGUAAUCUCAGCCACGGAGAUAGAGGGAGCAUCAGAGACCGUUUACUCUGACUCAUCUGCCAGUAACGCCUCCUACCCCCUCACGCUGUCUGCACAAAGGCAGCGGAAGCUAAGCUCCUGCAAUUUGAAGAAAUCCAGGUUUGGGAACCCUUAUUUUGGAUUUUUAGCCAGUUCCCCUGAUGGCAAACACGUGAGGUCCUUGGAUCCCUCAGGACAUCUAGGGGCAGCAUCUCCAGUUAACAGCCAAAGCCCCAAAAAUCCUCUAGAGAGCUCCAACCCACUGAAAAUCAACUUGGUCAAUGGUUCAAGAACAAAGGAGCUUAUGGUAGAAACAGAUAAAAACAAACCGGUUUUUGUUAUUUCUGAAGAGGGAGAUGAUCAGCAGCCUCUGGUCCUAGCAGAGCAUCUUAGUCAAUGCGGAGAUCAUCUGCCAGAGCAAAAUGCUGUGUAUGCUCCAGCUGUACCAGAUAAACAGCCGGUGGGUCUGACUGCUGAGGGGAACAGUUCUGCCAGCUUCACGUCAAAUCUUCCCCUUUGGGCAAAAUCUCCUGGUUUAUACAAAGGUCACGUGAAGGUCCCUAGCUCUUCCAGGGACCAGCAGAGCUCGUCAGUUGUAGAUACUAAUACUACUGAGGGCUCAGAGAACUGUGAUACCUUAGCUGCUCCUACGCUAUGCCAAGCUUCAGUCCAGUGA